AGUUCUUCUUCGAAUGCUUUAAUGCGGUAUUGGCCAAAAAUGUUUACAAUAAUAAUACCGAUUAUCGCAUACCGCCAGAGUUUCAGUUCAUGGUCGAAAACUUCAGUGAUGAACAGUUCGAAUGGCCGAACAAUGAAAAGUUGGAGAAUAGUUUUCGUUAUUUUGUCAAACAGCACUUCGCAAAUACGAAAACCGCUCUCACCACUUGGUGUGAAGUUCGACUUGAGUCAUUCUUUCGAAUGCAAUGCUGGUAUCGCAACCACAACAUCUUUGGACCGAGAUUUGAUGGCAUCGACAUCAGAAAUGCCAAAAUGUUAGCAUAUCGAUCCAACGACUUGACAAAUGGUAAUGUGGAAAGAAUAGAAAAGGCCAAAAUUUUAUUGGAUGAUCUGGUCGCAAUUGGAUGGCGACGCAAAAAUGCAUGAAAGUAAAGGAUCAUUGGUUUGAAUCGUUGUGGUUAUUCGGACAAAAUCAACGUCAAAUAGCAUCUUAUCACAGUGAUGCCACACAAUGGAAUACUAUUCAUGAAAUAUUUCGUGACAAUCCAAACUUUCAACAGUCAACAAACAAUCGCCCACGGAAAAUAAACACUUUUGCUCUUGUACCGUUAUGCGAUUAUCAUGUGAAUUGCGUGCGAUUGGAUAUGAGAGAUUUGUAUAACAAAUUGGCAAGCAAGCUAAAAGUGGUGCCCAGAUUCUUGAAUACUGAUACCAACCGGCUAAAUAAAUACCCUGAAAAAUACUACAGAGAUCAUGAUCGAGAUGGACUAUGGAAUUUGUUGUUCGACGUCGAUAAAAUCAAACAAUUGGGCAAACGAUCCAAACAAUUCCAUCAUCAAUCCGUGACCAAUAGUGUUUCCGUAUCGGUACUGUACACCAAACCAGAGCGAACGUGCAACGAAAAUGUGCAUUUACAGGCGGACAAUCUUGUAGGCAAGAGAUACGUUAAUGGCAUCGAUCCGAAUGAAAAAACGUGGUUGGCUAUAAUACGUCGCAACAUCCUGAUGAACCAGCCGUUGAGGAAAACAUCACAAUACCAAACACGCGAUUUUACUGGGAAACUCAGCAGAAACGAAGGGAAAAAGAGGCGAAAAAAUUAGCUGGAUGGUUUGAUAUCGAAGAAAAGAAUCAUCUGAAGACGUACCCAUUCGGACCACCAUUCAACAUGGCAACUCGAGUGGAAAAAA